AUGGCCGACCAGAAAGCAUCCAAGUACUACGCUGCCGAGGAGGAGGCGCAGAUGAAGAAGGCGCGCAAGACAGCCCACCCCACCAAGUACCGCGAGUCGCUCGCCCCAGGAACCGUCCUGAUCCUCCUCUCUGGCCGUUUCCGCGGUAAGCGCGUCGUGCUCCUGCGCCAGCUCGAGCAAGGCGUCCUCCUCAUCACCGGCCCCUUCAAGUCCAACGGCGUCCCACUGCGUCGCGUCAACCACCGCUACGUCAUCGCGACCUCCACCGUCGUCGACAUCGCCGGCCUGGACGAAGAAGUCGUCGCGCGCGUCAGCAAGGACGAGUACUGGGCGCGCGAGAAGAAGGACGGCAAGGGCGAGGACGACUUCUUCAAGGACGGCGAGACACCUGCAAAGAAGGAGACGGAUCCUCAGCGGAUAGAAGACCAGAAGAAGGUGGACAAGGCGCUUAUGGCUAAUAUCAAGAGGACACCUGAUCUGGAGUCUUACCUGGGUGCUAGCUUCGCCUUGAGGAGCAGCGAUAGGCCGCAUGAGAUGGUCUUUUAG